AUGGCAGGCGCUGAUGAACAUAGCACUGCACCUAAACAGCAAGAAACAACGCCGCUACAAACAACAGUCACUAUCAUUAAUGCAAUAUCUGGAGAAUGCAUAACAACGAAUGUUGAUUUUUUCGUUUCCCUGGACAAAUUCAAACAGUUCAUUGCCAGAAAAUGGAAGAUACCCCCAGAUCAACUGCUGAUUCUACUGCCUUAUGGUAACAAACUAAAACCGUCCACGUUUAAAGAACUGCUUAUUAAUAGAUCCUUCACCCUGAAUGAGUUUUAUAUCUAUGAUAGAAGACUGUUCUCCCUUGUCAAUAAACCUACACCAACAGAUCUUUCAAGGCCCAAAGAAUCUAAUCUUAUAUACUCCCCUAAUUCCAAGGAUUUGACAGAAACUUUGGAAUAUUUAAUUAAGAAUAGCCAUAUAUCGUUGUACCAAGGUAGCGAUAAUAUCAUGAUCAAGCCUAUGCCCUCGCCUUUGGAGGACGCAGACGUGGAUCUCCCGCGUUUAAGUUACCAUACCGUAACUAGCUUACUGACUACGAAUCUUGGUUGGUUAAGCGCUUUGGAAAUAGAUGUUCAUUAUUUCAAGAGCCUCAUACCGGAUAUAAUAGCCCAGAUCAUGCGUAUUUUUGACAGUUUAACUGUUUGCUCGCAAUAUCUGAAACUGUAUUGCUUUGAUGUCGAAAGUUUGUAUAAUUCAAACGUUCAGUUUUUAAAUCAGCUGGUAGACAACGGUAUGACUUCAAAAUGGGAAAAAUGUUUCAAUGACACUUUGAGUAAGUUGACUGCUUUAGAAGGUGAUUCUUUGCAAAAGUUCAUCAACAUCGAAUCUCUUCUGGAGAACGAGAAAUCUGUAAAAAUUUUAAAUCAUUCAAUCAACGGUAAACUGAAUAAAAUUAAGAGGGAAAUUGACGAAAAUUCAAAUUUUAGAGACACCAUAACCCUCAGUAUUGAUCAACUGCGACAAAUAUUUACACCAAAUGAAUCUAAAUAUGAACUUGAAGAUAAAAUGGCUGAGAGCUUUGAGGUCCUGGUAUCAGAAAUGCGAUCAAGAAGCAGAAAUGUUCUCGACAAAGAACCAGAAGAAUUCAAUAGUCAAGAAUUUUUAAAAAGCAUGAAUGAGAUGCUGGAAAAAGAUAAAAAAGACUCGGUAAAAACUCUCUUUACUAUAUCACAAGCGCUGUAUUCACAAACAGGAGAACUAAUAGAUUUGAAAAAAAAUCUGCAAAAGCAUGCAGUCGUCAUCUUGGGUAACAUAGCAUUCACUCAAAUGGAAAUCCUUGGUAUUAAAAGGCUAUUAUUAAAUGACUGUAAUAAAGAUCUAGAGUUAUACAAGAAAUACGAGGUGGAGUUCGCACAGGUGGAAGAUUUGCCAUUGAUAUACGGGCUUUAUUUAAUCGAAAAAUAUCGUAGGCUAUCAUGGUUUCAACAAAUUAUGUCAUUUAUUUCAAAUUUUGAUCAAGAUUUUGAGUUGUUCAAGCAAAAUGAAUUACGAACAAGAAACAAGUGGGUUAAAAACUUCGGUUCCAUCGCGACUGUUUUUUGCGAAGAUUUGCUGUCCUCCUCUGAUUUUAAACGUUUAAACGAAUAUCAUUCACAUUCUUCUUUAAUAAAUGAGAAUGAUGAAGAUGGAAAUGAGAAUUCUGUAACGAAUUACCACCAAGACCUGGUAAAAGUAUCGCAAGCCAUCGAAAAUUAUAUGGCACAAAUUAAAGAAACAAAUGUUUCAGAAGCAAUUAUUGAUCUACUUUCAAAAACACUUUUUGAAACGAAAAGAUUUCAUAUAAUUUAUUCCAAUUUCAAAACCAAUAACAAUAAAAGCUCUAAUGGCGACAGCAUUUCUUCUGAAGAAUCCAUCGUGUUGAAGAGUGAUGAUGUAGUCAAAGGUUACAAAACAAGAAUAAAAAAAUUAGAGUCGCUAUUACAUGAGCUUCAAUAUUCCGACAUAGGCCAUUGGCCCCAAGGUAUCCUCAAUACCCAACUUAAGCCAUUCCGUGGUUCUGUUCCAAGUCUAAAUAAAAAGAAAUUCUUGGGAGCAUCAGUAUUAUUAGAGCCUUCCAAUAAUUCUGAGUUGAACAAUGGCAGUAUUGUGCAAGCUAAUAAUCAUCAAGUUCAAGAGUUGGAGAGUAAUGUGGAUGAUUUGUUGCACCAAAUUCAACUAUUAAAGGAAGAAAAUAAUCAAAAAUCAAGGGAAAUUUCAGAAAUGGGGAAAAAAAUAAGUGAUUCAGAAGUGGAGAAGACGGCUUACCGCGAAACUUUGACUAAUUUGAAUCAAGAACUUGCAAGGUUAACUAAUGAAGAACAAUCGCAUAGAACAGAAAUUUUUGCACUCAAUGCCUCUUUCAAAAAGCAAUUAAAUGAUAUAAUUUGCCAAGACAACGAAAAGAUAGAAAAACUAACAAGCGACUAUGAUGAUGUUAACAAAUCCAGGGAACGAUUGCAAGCGGAUCUGGAUGAAUCUAAUAAAAAGCAUGAACAAGAGGUUAAUUUGUUGAAAGCUGAUAUCGAAAGGCUUGAUAGACAACUUGUAGCUUUAGAGAAGAGUGAUGCUGAGACCAAAUCAAGCUCGAUGGAGAAAAGUGAGAAAUUUGAAACUAUUCCCCCUACCGAGGACCCAAAUAGAAAAAAUCUGGUAUCUGUCUACACGCAGGCUUUACAAGAUAAAAUGUUUGAUAUAAUAUCGACUAAUAUUUUUAUUUUGGAAAACAUAGGGUUGUUAUUGACCUUCGACAAUAAUAAUAACAUUCAAAUUAGACGUGUCAAGGGAUUGAAAAAGGGGACCGCACAAAGUAAUAUCCUAGACGAAAGCAUUCAAAUGCAGGACAUAUAUGAUAGCUCUAUAAUAAAAAGUCCCGUUUUCCAGAGAUUGAAAGACGAAUAUGAUUUAAUAAAGUCAUUCGCCAGUGGAGUUGAUAAGGAUACGCAGCAAAGCAUUUUCGUGGAAAAUAUCACGCAAUUAUAUGACAAUAAGCUUUAUGAAGUUGCAGUCAUCAGGAGAUUCAAAGAUAUCGAAACUUUGGCUAAAAAAUUAACUAAAGAAAGUAAGGUUAAGAGAACGCUAUUGGAGAGAUUUCAAAGGGAAAAAGUCACCUUGAAAAACUUUCAAAUUGGCGAUUUAGCAUUAUUUUUACCAACAAGAGAAAACGUUAAUUCCGUCGGGUCUAUGUCAUCUUCUACCUCAUCGCUGAGCUCAUCAUUUUCAUCUGUUGAUUUAUCAACUCCACCACCUUUGGAUGCCAUGUCUAUACAAUCGUCUCCCUCGGUUAUUCAUAGUAAUGUAAUCAAUCAAGCUAGUACAUCUGGUAGAGACAAGAAUAAACUGAUGAGGCCUUGGGCCGCAUUUACGGCUUUUGAGGAAAGUACAAGAUAUUUUCUAAAGGACGAAAAGGGAUUAACAAAGGGGAAAGAAUGGUUUGUAGGUAGAAUUGUGACUUUGGAACAUUUUGAAGCGGAUAGUCCCUCUAAUAAUCCAUUUAGAUUACCAAAGGGCUCAGUUUGGUUUCAAGUCACUGCUGUUGUGGUUUCGUACCAGGGAAUUUAA